AUGCAUUGUACGCCAAAUAGCAGGGAUGAUGCUCUAUCAGAUCUGCCUAGAGUAAAACGAAAGCGCACUCAUCUAUCGCAACGUGAGCGCUUUCUUAAGGAGCUUUCAAAGUUUGCCAGCGACAGUGACAAUAGCCACGAUGAGGAUACCUAUCUUAGUGCCGAGCAACGCUUAAACCAACAAGGAAAUAACACGAUAACUGGAAACUUCUUCGAGCAGGCUGCAGAGGAAGAGGAACGAAACCACAAGAGCAUAAACAGGUCCGAUGCUCCUAAACGUGUUGGUAUUUCACUCAUAAAAAGUAUGCACACAGCGAACCGAUCCUCAAUGGUUUCCCGCUUGGAUAGCGGAGUCAAUAACAAAAAUAAUGCAGACACAUAUGACAAGGAAUUUAAGGUAGUAGAAACAUACUCUCCCUUGAGUACAGGUGGCUUCUUUGAGACUUCUAUGGAGCCGAUGGACAUACGUGUUGUAAAGAUAGGUGAUGUGAUGUGUCUAUUAUCUACAUCACCAGGGAAUAGUAAUAGCGCUUCGCUUCCAAAGGGAUCUCCGUCCACAAAAUCUCUAGUACUUCAUAAAACUGAGAAGAGUUUGACUGGCGUGCUUUCCAUACAGGGCGCUAGGACCGGCUUGAGAACUGCUAAAGUUGUGAAUAAUAAUAUUUUAAAUAGUCCAAGUGCUGCUAAAAUUAGGUCCUUUGAUGACAUUGGCGAGGUAGCGGCCACCACGCGUGCGUGUACACUCCUGCAACGGUUCAGAGCUGAGGCAAAGCUCACGGACGAAGAACGAACCUACGGUAAAAAAGCCUCGGUUGAGAUGAUGAAUCAACUUUUUGAGGUCACGCGUCUUGAUCGCGACAAUCACACCCUCGAAGGCCUCUUCCUUAACGGCAGCCGCCGUGUUUUACGUGCGCACGAGGUCCGUCUCGCUGGUUUUAUAGAACGUAAGCUAUACAAAAAAUGGAAAGACGACCCAGGAAGUCAACCAGUGCAUACGAUCGAGGUGGUUGAGCUGAAAACUCAAAUCUCACCAACAUGCAAGAUCUCACAACAGCCUGGUGUUGCUGUAGAAGAUUCCCGCGCUGCAACUGUGCAUGCUGAAGGGAGAACAGAUUCCGACAAGCCAGGCGGUAUUACCGGGGUGGAGGGAUCACCUGUUGCGUGGUGGGUGAUACCCAAUUUAAUUGUGCGUAUUGUGGCCGAUAAUGCGGGGGGGUGGUAUGGCAAAAAGUGUGUCGUCCGUGCGAUUGAUCGGAAGAGCAACAAGGUUCGUCUGAUCAGUUUGGAAUUGUGGUUACAACACCAGCAACAUUCACCACAAUCCCCACAGCCAACUUCGUUAGUGCCGAAAGGGGAGGAGGUGGUGGAGGUGGUCGGGCUGCAAGGCUUGGAGACGGUACUGCCGAAGAAGGGGGAAUCUGGGCUUGUCGUCCUCGGUCCACGCCGUGGUGAGAUGGCCUCAGUUGUAACCCGUCUGUGCGAUUCGGAGGGCAAUCUCGUAAAGCUGAAGGUGCAGUGCAAUCGUACCAAGGACGUUUUUGAAUUGGAACCCCAUGAGCUCUGUCUUCUAGCUCCUCGUCAACGUUAA